AUGACUAACAGUAUGCUGAUCCCUGCGCUGAGCCUCGUAAUGACUAACAGUAUGCUGAUCCCUGCGCUGAGCCUCGUAAUGACUAACGGUAUGCUGAUCCCUGCGCUGAGCCUCGUAAUGACUAACAGUAUGCUGAUCCCUGCGCUGAGCCUCGUAAUGACUAACGGUAUGCUGAUCCCCGCGCUGAGCCUCGUAAUGACUAACGGUAUGCUGAUCCCCGCGCUGAGCCUCGUAAUGACUAACGGUAUGCUGAUCCCCGCGCUGAGCCUCGUAAUGACUAACGGUAUGCUGAUCCCUGCGCUGAGCCUCGUAAUGACUAACGGUAUGCUGAUCCCCGCGCUGAGCCUCGUAAUGACUAACGGUAUGCUGAUCCCCGCGCUGAGCCUCGUAAUGACUAACGGUAUGCUGAUCCCCGCGCUGAGCCUCGUAAUGACUAACGGUAUGCUGAUCCCCGCGCUGAGCCUCGUAAUGACUAACGGUAUGCUGAUCCCCGCGCUGAGCCUCGUAAUGACUAACGGUAUGCUGAUCCCCGCGCUGAGCCUCGUAAUGACUAACGGUAUGCUGAUCCCCGCGCUGAGCCUCGUAAUGACUAACGGUAUGCUGAUCCCCGCGCUGAGCCUCGUAAUGACUAACGGUAUGCUGAUCCCCGCGCUGAGCCUCGUAAUGACUAACGGUAUGCUGAUCCCCGCGCUGAGCCUCGUAAUGACUAACGGUAUGCUGAUCCCCGCGCUGAGCCUCGUAAUGACUAACGGUAUGCUGAUCCCCGCGCUGAGCCUCGUAAUGACUAACGGUAUGCUGAUCCCCGCGCUGAGCCUCGUAAUGACUAACGGUAUGCUGAUCCCUGCGCUGAGCCGCGUAAUGACUAACGGUAUGCUGAUCCCUGCGCUGAGCCUCGUAAUGACUAACGGUAUGCUGAUCCCUGCGCUGAGCCUCGUAAUGACUAACGGUAUGCUGAUCCCUGCGCUGAGCCUCGUAAUGACUAACGGUAUGCUGAUCCCUGCGCUGAGCCUCGUAAUGACUAACGGUAUGCUGAUCCCUGCGCUGAGCCUCGUAAUGACUAACGGUAUGCUGAUCCCUGCGCUGAGCCUCGUAAUGACUAACAGUAUGCUGAUCCCUGCGCUGAGCCUCGUAAUGACUAACAGUAUGUUGAUCCUGUAUGGAGCCUGA